AUGAAUUGUAAUCUUUAGCAAUAUUUUGAAUAGAGUACAAGUUGGUUGGCAAAAAGGGAGAAGGUACAUUUUCAGAGGUCAUCAAAUCUCAAUCGUUCAAAACUGGAGAUUAUGUUGCAAUUAAAUGCAUGAAAAAUAAAUUCACAUCCAUUGAACAAGUAAGCCAUACUGAUUAAGUGUAGGUUAAUCAUUUGAGAGAGAUAUAGGCACUAAGAAAGCUGAGUCCACACGAUCACAUUAUUAAGUUGAUUGAAGUUCUUUAGUAUGAAAAUCAUAUAAAUUUAAUUUAGUGACGAACCCUCAGGACGAUUGGCUUUGGUGUUUGAGUUGAUGGAACAGAAUUUGUAUGAGCAUAUUAAAGGUAUUAUUAUCAACAUUUCAAAUAGGGAGAAAACAACCUUUGAAUCCUUAAAAAGUUAAAUCAUUUAUGUACUAACUGCUAAAAUCUAUUGGACAUAUGCACAAAAAUGGCAUCUUUCACAGAGACAUUAAACCGUAAUCAAUAUUCAAAUCAUUAGUGAAAACAUUCUAUUAAACGCAGAUCAUCUCAAACUUGCCGAUUUAGGAUCAUGCAAAGGAAUCUACUCCAAACAUCCUUAUACUGAGUAUUACGAUCAUUUAUAUGUCUCAUUCUAGAUAUAUCUCUACUAGGUGGUACAGAGCGCCCGAAUGCUUAUUGACAGAUGGCUAUUAUGAUCAUAAAAUGGAUCUCUGGGGAGUAGGGUGUGUCAUGUUUGAAAUCAUAGCCUUAUUUCCACUCUUCCCAGGAACCAAUGAACUAGAUCAAAUCAACAAAAUACACAACAUACUGGGAACACCCAAUCAGAAGGUUUUCGACAGAUUUAGAAAGUUAAACCUUUUUCCUAUUCUAGACAAGCGACUCAUAUGGAAAUCAAUUUCCCACCUAAACAUGGCAGUGGUAUCGAUAGGCUACUGCAAGGUUAAAGCAAGGAAUGCAUCGAUUUAAUUAAACUACUGUUGAUCUAUGACCCAGAAGAGAGAAUCAAUGCUUAAUAAGCGUUAAAACAUGAAUACUUUAGAGAAUUAUUUGAGGCUGAUCCUUAAAUGUGUGGCUAGCAUACUAUCAGAAUAUCCAAUCAAAGAGAAUUGUAUUAUUACCAUUUUCAUUAUUUAGAAAUGACAACUCUUUGGAAGGAAGUCAAAGAAUAGACGAAAGCAAAUAGUAACCCUGGGCGUAAUUCAAGAAAACUUAAAACUACUAUGCAAAAUCUUAAAAGAAAUCAGGAGUAAUUAAUAUCUUUAUUGUCUGCAGUUACCUUCCUUGCAAUUCGAUUUGAAAGUUGAGAGUAUUUAUAAAAAUACUUAACAUCAUGACAGUGAUGAUGAUCUCGACAAAUAGUCUUCUAUUAAAUAGAUAAUGUUGCCGCAGAUCCCCAAAUCCAAAAAAUAUGAUCCUAAAAAAAUAUAUGGCAAAUAAUAAUAUGGGUCAUCAUAAAAUUAGCCAUAUUAGUUUAAUGCCAAAGGUUAGAUUUUGUUGUUAUUUAAGUAGGUAAAAAAGUGACUCAUGGAUUUUAAGGUGAAUAUAUAGUUUUUGGAAAGAAAGCAAUGAAUUAAUGA